GGGAAAAGUUUUAGAGCCUGGAUAGCUCGACUUGAAUUUCGCGUGGAGCACAACUUGGAGACUAUCUUUGGCCGAAGUAUAUAUAACCGUGUCGUCCUUAUCUUCUACUGCUCUAAUUCAAUCUCAACCACACUCCGACUUGCAAUCAACCUACCUAAACAAAGUUCACAUCACACAACACCAAAAUGCCUAGCUUCACAGUCUACAAAGGCACCCAGGAGGGCAAAAUCUUCAAGGCCGAAACCCAGAGGCCUGAUCUCACCAACGACCAAGUCCUCGUCAAAGUCACCGCCUCCGGAAUUUGCGGUACCGAUGAGCAUUACAAGUGCGCCGGAAUUGCGCUCGGCCAUGAGGGUGCUGGUGUCGUAGACCAGGUCGGCCCCAACGUGAGGCACUUGAAGAAAAACGAUAGGGUCGGCUGGGGUUACGAACAUAACAGCUGCGGCUCAUGCGACCAAUGUCUGAGUGGACGGGAGACAUACUGCCCGGAGCGCGAGAUGUAUGGUGAGGCCAACCUCGACCAGGGCAGCUUCGCUUCGCACGGUGUAUGGAAAGAGUCCUUCCUUUUCAGACUCCCGGAUGCAUUGACAGACGCUGAGGCUGCGCCGCUCAUGUGCGGAGGAGCAACUGUUUUCAACGCCCUGCACACAUACGGCGUCAAGAGCACCGACCGUGUUGGUGUCCUAGGCGUUGGUGGCCUCGGCCAUCUCGCUAUUCAGUAUGCCGCUAAGAUGGGCUGUGAGGUCGUCGUCUUCUCAGGAAGCGACAACAAGAAAGAGGAGGCGCAUAAGCUCGGAGCGAGUGAGUUCGUCUCAAUGAAGGGAAAGAAGGAGCUCAACAUUGGCCGCAAGCUUGAUGCUCUACUUGUCUGCUCAAGUGUCAACCCUGACUGGUCCCUCCUACUCCCCAUCAUGGCGCCCAACUCAACGAUUUUCCCUUUGACUGUAGCAUUCGACAACUUCGCGAUCCCGCAUCUGCCCUUCAUCCAGUCUGGAAUCACGAUCCAGGGUUCCAUCGUUGCAGCGCGUGCUGUCCACCGCAAGAUGCUGGAGUUCUCAGCAUUCCACGGUAUCAAGCCCAUCAUCAUGGAGUUCCCAAUGAGCGAGCAGGGAAUCGAGGAGGCCAUGUCAACGCUGAAGGACGGAAAGAUGAGGUACAGGGGUGUGUUGAAGCCGCAGUAGACGGUUGUUCAUGUUUUGAGAUGGAAUUUCUAAAGCGAGCGUAAUAUUUCAUAUGACAUCAACAUGAUGUAUGACUUCAAAAUGAUACGAUUGCUG